AACAGCUCCUGCGUCACGUCCUGGUUCUGGGUCUGACGUGUCUAAAAACUGUUUUGCACUUGUGGUGGCUCCAACUCGUGGGGGGUUUACUUUCUAUUUAAGUAUUUUUGGUUACGUGGUGACAAGAUGCUAGAUUUCUUCACCAUCUUCAGCAAAGGGGGGAUAGUGCUGUGGUGCUUUCAGGGAACCGGGGUCCCCGAGUCCUUUACCGGCCCCGUCAACGCACUGAUCCGCUCCGUAAUCCUGCAGGAGCGAAGUGGAAAUAAGUCGUUCACUCAUGAGGCCCUGAAUCUUAAGUAUAAACUGGAUAACGAGUUUGAGUUGAUUUUUGUGGUGGGUUUUCAAAAGAUCCUCACGCUGACCUAUGUGGACAAGUUAAUAGAUGACGUCCAGCUGAAUUUCAGGGACCGUUAUAAGAAUGAACUGGAGCAAAAGGGAGCAAUGAAGCUUCUCAACCACAGUUUCGAGUUUGAGGGUGACUUCAAAAUGCUUCUUCGAGAGGCAGAAGAGAGCAGCAAAGCUCAGAGUCCCGCACCCAUGCGCUCUUUUAAGGAGUCCGAAAAAUCCCAAAAAACUGUGAAGUCAAUGAUAGAAAUAAAGGGUGGGGAAAAAGAAAAGGAGCAGGGUAGCAAGAAGAGCAAGAAUACCAAAAAGGAAGCAGAUCAAGGCAAAGGCACGUCUUCUGCCUCGAAGCUGGUUGAGAAUGGCAACCAUGGCCUGACUGCGGAAGAGAUCAUGCAGAAGAAGAGAGAAGAGUUCUUUCGCAAGCGCACAGCUGGGCCUGCUGAGAAAGUCAGUAAGUCUCCAAAGCCUCAGAAGCCCAGGGAGAAACAGAGGCGUGUUUGGGACAUGGGUGGUAGCAGUACCAAGGACCUGGACUACAGUGAUAAGAAUGGAGAGAGUUCUCCUAAUGGUUGUGACCAAAACCAGGAUGCUCCUAUUGAUGCUGGGGUGCAGCUAAACUCCAUGAAGGGAGAUUUGCAGUCUGUGGAAUGUGAGUCUAGUGACGACGAGGAGGAGGAGGAGGAGGAAGAAGAGAGAGUGGUUGUCAAUGCAACAUUGAAGACAAGUGGCAAGAAGAGCGGCGGUUUUGGGGGCAUGUUUGGCAUGCUGAAGGGACUGGUGGGCUCUAAGAGUCUGAACCUGGAGGACAUGGAGCCAGUUUUAGAGAAGAUGAGGGACCACCUCAUUGCAAAGAAUGUAGCAGCCGAAAUCGCCUCACAGCUUUGUGACUCUGUAGCCAAAAAACUGGAAGGCAAAGUCAUGGGCACCUUUACCACUGUUGCCUCAACAGUUAAGCAGGCCCUGCAAGAGUCGCUGGUGCAGAUUCUGCAGCCCAAGCGCAGGGUGGAUAUUCUGAGAGACGUUAUGGAGACGCAGAGCCAGAGGAGACCUUUCGUCAUUACCUUUUGUGGUGUCAACGGGGUUGGAAAGUCCACCAACCUGGCAAAGAUCUCUUUCUGGCUCAUCGAGAACGGUUUCACAGUGCUGAUCGCGGCCUGCGACACGUUCCGCGCCGGGGCGGUGGAGCAGCUGAGAACCCACCAGCGCCGCCUGAACUCGCUGCACCCUCCGGAGAAGCACGGAGGACGAACGAUGGUCCAGCUCUAUGAGAAGGGCUAUGGAAAGGAUGCUGCUGGAAUUGCAAUGGAGGCCAUUGCCUAUGCUCGCAACCAGGCUUUCGACGUGGUGCUGGUGGACACUGCGGGGCGUAUGCAGGACAACGCCCCCCUCAUGACAGCGCUGGCUAAACUCAUUGCUGUUAACAUGCCUGACCUUGUGCUAUUCGUCGGUGAGGCUCUGGUGGGCAACGAGGCAGUCGAUCAAUUGGUAAAGUUCAACCAGGCUCUGGCUGACCACUCUAUGUCUGACAAACCUCGCCUCAUCGAUGCCAUCGUGCUCACAAAGUUUGACACCAUUGACGACAAGGUUGGCGCGGCUAUCUCCAUGACCUACAUCACGGGCCAGCCAAUAGUGUUCGUGGGCACCGGGCAGACGUACAACGACCUCCGCAGUCUCAACGCCCGCGCAGUGGUCAGCGCCCUGAUGAAGGCUUAAGAAGGCUGCACGCUCUGAUCUUUGUCGUCAGACAUUAUGAGGAAGCCAACGCUGCCCCCUGCUGAAAGCCUGUGCUUACUGUCCUCCUGUGCUACACUAUAUCUCGUGUCCUGUCUUUCUGCUCAGGACACUAUUCUCCUAGCUUUAGGCCGGCGUGAAAGGACGACGGUGCAUUUGAAAACCACACAACCAGAGGAGCCUCCCUUUUUCUUUGACACUCAAUGAUUUGGGCCAAAUUGAGAAGUAUCUCAUCAUUUGCAUGAGUUUUGAAUUAUUGCUCCUAACUAAUGGACCUUGGUUUACCCAGUAAGAACUAGUUUAACUACAAAUAUCUGGCAUUCCAGUAAGAACUAGUUAACUACAAAUAUCUGGCAUUUUGUCAGUCAUUACCCCACCUAAAUGAGGUCAGGUUGACAGCAGCUGCCUGUGCCUGUCCAAUGCUUAGUGACCAUAGUGCCUAUUUGUCUCCUGUUGUCAUGGUUGCCUCUCACAUCAAGGACAUAUGGAACUACUGCUACUCAAGAGGAAAAGAUGGAGUUGGAAUUGGUUGACGGUCUUGAAUUGGAUUUAAAUAUACACAUCUUAAAGUGAGCCAUAUGGCCCAACAGAGCAUUUGAUCUGGCCCACCAUGCAGUUCAAACACCAAACACAACCUCAGACAAAUCGUUAUUAGAAGUGCCAAAACAUUUAUUGGAUUGCUGUCACAUUUCUUCCCCCAUAAAUGUACUAUGGCCCCUGAUAGGAAAGAGGUUCCCCAAUUCUGCUGGAGCAAGUGUCUGUUCUAAGUUAAGCGGUACUGCACUGUGUUCCUCACCAGCCUAAUUAAUAAUUAGAUUUAAUCAGAGAGAGACAGAAAUACUUUUUGUAAAUGAAUGAUUGACAUGACCCGUUUCCCCCAGAAUGGUUAUUUGUGUUCCACUUUUUUUUUUUUUUCUUCAUUCAUAGGAGGAAUGAACUCAAACAUCUCCCCCCAUAACGUGCAGUACUGCAAUUAGAGAAUCUAAGGUUAUUUAUGAGAAUGUAAACAUUUCUACAUAAAGCUGUUGUACAAGGCCUGAAUUGUGAAACUUCCUUUGUGGUUUGUCAUCAGACUGACCAACAAAACGUAUGGGAUACCAAAAGCUUUAUUUUGAAAAUAGUACUUAUAAAUACUAUAUUACAAACAUGAGUACUUACAAUACAAAAGACAAAGAACAUUUCUGCACAGGAGUGGCAAGUUGCUACUUGCAGGACAAUGCCUUGCAAAAAAAAAAAAAAAGCUAUUGUCAUGACAUAUUCAUGCUAGUCCUGCAUGCAGUACAGUGUAAAUGAGUAGUUACCCUGUUUUUGUGUUGAGUGAGGAAGACCCCAACCUCAUUGAAUGUAUGGACCCCAUCACAUCUGCUCUGCACACAGAGAGCAGGUGUAACGUGAAAAUGUGCUUACCAUACAAGCCAAUGUGACGACUCAUGGCCAUCACACAGUGAGUCACAUCCAUCAUGAAUAGUUUAUCAUCAACAGUAUGUUGUACUUCUACCGGGGUGUCCCGAACUUCAAUUUCGCUUCCCUUUUAAAUAACCACAUAAAGAAAAUGACAGACACAGGCCACAAUGAUCAGGCAGUCAGCUAUUGCAGUACACUAAUUCCUUGUGGGAGCACAAUGCAAAAUAAAAAUAUUGCAUUGUGGAAAAAAACAUGGGGAAUUUAAGUGCAUGUUAAAAACAGCGUCAACAAUAUUGAAGCCUUCCAUGAACACUAUCAUAUCAUGCAAAGUCAGCUGAAAUUACUGGAACAUCAGCAGUUCUUUUGACUCCGAAGGAGCAAACGGACUUUUGACUUCCUAGCCCGGCGAACAUGAAGGAAGAGAACAGUCUCGUUUCCUGCAGUGAAAGUCUGGUAUGUGGCCACAGCUUGAUGUCAGCGAGAAGAA